UAUAAAAUUUUAUAUCUAUAAAUGAACCUGUGCGGGUUAGAAUAUAGUUUAUACUAUUAAAAGAGGAGUCCUAAAAAAUCUACUUAAACAAAAUUGUUAGAAUAUUUCAUUAGACUUAACUAUUUAUUUGGUAUUGUCUUAUAUUUCUCUAACUAUAUAAAUACUUUACAUAAUUGAAAUGAACUCAUUUAUUAUUCUCCCAUAAUUUAUUAUAUAAUUACUCUAACAAUAAAUUCCAUGAAUACAUGACAGAUUAUUCAAACAUGUUUACACAUGACAUGAUCAUUACUACAUAUAAUUCCGUUAACAGUAUAUUUUUUAAAGGUUUAGUUAUGUUUAAUAGGUAUAUAAUUUGUAUUUUAAAAAUUUAAACACUCAUUUGGUCCUUAGUUUGGUUUAUAUGUUCCGGUUCCAAAAAAUAUGAUAUGCUCGUUUAUUUAUAAAAUUUAGCUUAAUUUUAGUUUUUUUUUUAGUUUGGUACGAUUCAGUGCAUCCGGGUAAAUGUGUCCAAACCUAUAUAUUAUCUUAUAUAUAAAUUAUAUAUAAAAAAUUUAUUUAAUUUCAAAAAUAUGUCGGCGCUUUCUAAGUGUGGAUCAAAAUCUAGUAUUUAAUUAAUCUUUCUGUCAAUUUUCACAUUUAUUUAGAGAAAAGAACUUUAUUUAAAACAAAAAUAUUAGAUAAGUUUCGAUGUUUGAUAUCCCCGAAACACUUUAGAUGCUUUGAUGUCCACAUAAGAUAUAUCCGUUCUGUUUUAAUAAACUCAUUUUUUCAUAUUUGAAACUCAAACAAUACACGUUUUCUCAGCCCUACCAUGAAAUAAAGAAAGAGCCCUGCUUUAAAAAAAACAUUUGCUAUCUUACACAAAAAAAUAUGGGGAGUUUCCCUGCUUUGAUGAUCAUCCUCACUUCUUCUAUUCUCUUGGUCGUCGAAGUUGUUAAUGGCGCCGGAUGUUACGGAAGCUCCAACAGCAACAGCAUCUACGCUGAGAAUCGCCGCAGUGUCUUCUUUACUCUUGCUGAUAACGUCGUCAAUCACGGCGGAUUCUACAGCGGUUUAUUGGGCCAAUAUCCCAACAGGGUUUACGUUCUUGGCCUCUGCGCAAGAGACUACAAGCCAACAGCUUGUUCUAAUUGUGUUGAAAGCUUGGUUCAGGACACAGCAACAAGUUGUCCAGACAUCACGGAUUCAUUUGUUUGGGGCAGUGACGAUGAAGACAGUGUUUCUUGUCUUGUACGUUCCUCAAACCAGGCUUUUGGGAAACUCGAGCUUGAACCUUCUGUUACAGAGAUACGUCCAGAAAUCAGGCCAUCUAUAAACAUAACCCUUUUCAUGCAACAGUGGGAAUACACGGUUAACAAGAUCCUCGAGACUGCCACAAAAGCUGAUACUUCCUCCGUACAUAAGUACUAUAGUACCGUACAGGCCGAGUUCACUGAGUUUCCCAAUGUUUCCAUGCUGAUGCAAUGCACACCUGACAUAAAUUCCCAAGACUGCAAGAAAUGUUUGGAAGAUUGCUUGACGUACUUUAGAGAACAGUUUCGGGGAAGACGAGGAGGCAUGGUUAGUGUUCCAAGCUGUUUUUUCAGGUGGGAUCUAUUUCCUUUCCUUAAUGCUUUUGCUAAUGUUAUAAAAGUUCCUGCACUUCCUCGACCUCAGGCUCAGGAAAAGGAGUGCUCUAUACCAGAUAAGAAAGGAAGAGGAAUGCAUAGGGGAAUUAUCACGAUAACUGUGGUUCUUACUUUCAUUAAUGUUUUGGUAUUUAUUGGUUUCUACAAAGUCAAUGCUCGAAGGAUACAAAUAAACAAGGGAAUCAAUGGUUGUAGUGCAGAAUACUCUGACUCGGAUGGUCAAUUUAUGUUACGGCUUGAUCUUGGUACGAUAUUAAUGGCAACCGUUGACUUUUCGCCUGAAAAUAAGCUUGGCCAAGGUGGAUUUGGUACGGUCUAUAAGGGGAAACUACUUAACGGGAAAGAGAUAGCAGCGAAGAGAUUAUCCAGAGGUUCAGAAGGAGAUAUAGAGUUUAAGAAUGAAGUUUCACUCUUGACAAGACUCCAGCAUAAGAAUCUGGUUAAGAUUCUUGGUUUCUGUAAUGAAGGAGAUGAAGAGAUUCUUGUCUACGAGUUUGUCCCUAACUCAAGUCUUGACCGUUUUAUCUUCGAUGAAGAGAAGCGUCAGUUUCUUACAUGGGAAGUGAGGUUCAAAAUUAUAGAAGGCAUUGCACGAGGUCUUGUUUAUCUCCAUGAAGAUUCUCAGCUGAAGAUUAUUCACCGAGACUUGAAGGCAAGCAACAUCCUUUUAGAUGCAGAGAUGAACCCUAAAGUUGCAGAUUUUGGGACAGCGAGACUGUUUGACACCGAUGAGACUCGAGCUGAAACAAAACGAAUAGCUGGAACCCGUGGAUAUAUGGCUCCUGAAUACCUAAACUAUGGGCAAAUAUCAGCUAAAUCUGACGUAUAUAGCUUUGGUGUUGUGCUUCUUGAGAUGAUAAGUGGUCGAAGAAAUAAUAGCUUUGUGGGAGAAGGAAUUGCAGCUUUUGUAAAAACAUUUCUCAUAUCAGUCUUCUUGGUCCUUUCUCUCGUCUCCUUAAAUAAGAAUAUAUCUUUUAUUUUGGUUCAGGCAUGGAAGAGAUGGGUGGAAGGAAGGCCUGAGAUCAUGAUUGAUCCUUUAUUGGUAGAGAAGCCGUGUAAUGAGAUCAUUAAGUUUAUCCAGACUGGUCUGUUGUGUGUUCAACAGAAUCCAACAAAGAGACCAACCAUGAGCACUGUAAUAGUUUGGCUUGGCAGUGAGAACAUCACCAUUCCUUUACCUACGGCUCCUGCUUUCACAAGUAUUCAUUCCAUAUAUGAAGAUGGUACACAAUGUCAAUGAGCAAUGUUUUAACAGAAUUGAGUUGUCAUUGAGUUACAAAUUGUUAAUCUUUAUGAUGUUUUUAAGGUACACUAAAUGUUCUAAUUGUAUUGAAUUCAGAAAAGUAGCAAAA